CUGGAAGCCGGCAUGGCGAACAGUCAGCCAGCGUCUUUAUUCGCCGUCGGGACGGAUCAUUUGUACCUACACUCCACCGCACACCUUGUUGCCGCUUCUUCGGUGCACGUGUGCGUGUCAGCAGCAGCGCAGAUCAUCUAGUGCUUAAUCGGCUCAUCUGAUUGGCCGAGAAGGAGGGAUCACGUCCGUUUAACUGCUCGUUAUCGACAGAGAGGAGCCUGAGGAGACGACGACGACGCCGACGUAUAACGAGCCAUCGUCAUGCUCCUAGGCGCAUCACAAGCUACGCAGCUCGCACUGCUGUGCCUGGCAACGACAGGCGUCCUGGGCGACCUGCCGCCUGGCACCAUCAGGCGGAACGCCAACACGUACCUGCCACCGGAGCCGACCAAGGGCUACGACUACAACAAGCCACCAGGUCCGGGCUUCCCGAGUCCAAGUCCACCCGGCAGACCGACUCCAGGCUUCCCAGUGGGACCACCGGCGAGACCCACUCCCACCUUCCCAACUGGCCCACCGGCCAGGCCACCUACCGGACCACCGGCCAGACCAUCGCCCAGACCACCAGGCCCAGGCUACCCGACACCCGGCAGACCUACACCCCCGGGUCCCGGCUAUCCGGCUCCGGGCCCGAGGCCCACUCCUGGCUUCCCCGACUACACGGGCUCGCCCAGCGGACCCGGUAACACGCACGACGACGGCCACGUGCACGAGCCGGGGAUGCCGUUCGACUUCAACUACGCCGUGAAGGAGGACGCCUACGGCAACGACUACUCGCACAACGCCAUCAGCGACGGCGACGUGACGCGCGGCGAGUACAGAGUCCAGCUGCCCGACGGGCGUACACAGAUCGUCCGCUACACGGCCGACUGGAAGCACGGCUUCUCGGCCCAGGUCUCGUACGAGGGGACGCCGCGUUUCCCAGGCGGCGGUGGCGGAGCUUUCGGAGGAUACUGAGCUGCGCGACCUCGUUGCGCGUCAUUUAUGGGACAGCGUUGAGAGAGUCGCUGCAGCUCGCCCAAGUUGAGCGCGAGAACUCUUUCUAUGAUCCGAAUGUUGUACACUUUUAUAUAUUUUUUUAGUCGUUGCUCCGAAGGCCGCAUUAUAUUAUUAUUAUAUACUAAUGUCGAAAAAGUCGCCGAGAGACGGGCGAAAAUUUGAUAUCGCAAUUAUAUUGUAAUAACACGUAGAACGCGAAGUUACGGCGUAAGGAUGUUUCGCGGCAAACUUUUCAUGCAUAAAGUGUGUAUUUAUAGCGAGCGGUUGAACCAUCACCCACACAGUUACCUUCUUCUUUAUCAUAGCCUAUAGUAUACCCUUACACGAUUUUCCUGUACUUCCCGCAGACCUUCAGUUUUUGUUGUACCGAAAGCUACCCCAUACGAUAUACAUAGUUACCCCGAUAGACACAUGUACACUCUACUCAUCAUUAUAAUAACUCUGUCGUAUAUUAUCCCUCUCCAUUGAUAGAUUACAUACUGUACAAAAUAAAGUUUUUCAAUAAUAAAAUAACGACGCAAGGAAA